AUGGCGGCGGGGCCGGCGCCGUGGUGGUGGCCGGUGCCGGCGUGGCUGCCGGGGUCCACCGCGGCGUGGUUCGUCGUCGUGAACGUGGUGGUGUGCGCCAUCGCCGUGCUGUCGUCGAGGGCGCGGGAGUCGCUGUCGCCGCGCCUCCGCGGCGGCGGCGGCGGCGGGGCCGCGCUCGCGCGCAGGGCCUCGUCGGCGCUGGAGCGCGUCCGGUCGUCGUUCUCCCUCUUCUCCUUCACGUCGGCGAGCUUCUACGCGUUCCAGCCCGACGCCGACGCCGACGCCACGGCCCAGCCGCAGACGCCGACGCCGCGCAAGCGCUCGGUGAUUGCACCCGACACGCCACCCGCCGCGGAGCCACAGACGUCGCCGGCGCCGCCGCGCAAGCGUUUGGUGGCCGCGCCCGCGCCUGACACGCCACCCGCGCGGCCGGAGGCACAGGACAACGACGAGGACGAGGACGCUAACGCCAUGAGCAUGGACGAAGCGUACGCGCUCGUGAUGGCGGCGCGGCAGCGGCCGGCGCCGACGGAGGAGGAGGUGAGCCGGGGGGAGGUGGACGCCAAGGCAGAGGAGUUCGUCGCCGGGUUCAAGGACGAGCAGAGGCGGCAGCGCCUCGACUCCAUCUUCAACUACACGCAGAUGCUCAAGCAGCGCGCCGCGGCGUUCGCCGCCGGCCGCCGCCAGCAGCCGGCAGCUCAGCUUUGACUCACGUGGUUCAGAUGGCUCAAACAAUUUGAUUGAUUUCAUCAGGUCAGGAUUCAUUUGCAGGAGAAGAAUUCAGAUUUGAGUUUGCUAUUGUGUAUAUAGCCCACAUGUGUCCAUAUUGUCAAGUUUGCGCAGAUUACUUUGAUUUUACAUGAAAGUUUGUUCUUUUUUUCGGUUUUGGUAUUGUGUAUAUACAAAGGUGCUGUUUUUUUGGACAGAUAUAAAUUCUUUGAUUCGUUUAUGUAAA